AUGUACGCCGUAUUAUUUUUAUUUUCCCUCUUUAACUUGUCGUUUACAGAAAAACUUGACGAUGUCGUUGUUUGUCGUCAGGGAACCUUUCAAGUCUUAAAUGAUGAAAAUCCCGUCGCAACACUUCUUGCAUAUUCUAAUUCAAAACGGGACCAUGUGGCAGCUUUACCUAACGAAAAUGACACUGUCACAGUGAAUUUGUUUGAAAACAGAACAGACUCAAAUGAAGCUGUUCGUUGUACGCUUCGAGUUGAAACCUGCUCGAGUUGUUAUAUCAAUGUAAAAUAUUCUCCACCAAGUUCGUACUUCAAGGAGCGUGAACUCAACUUGAUGCCAACUUGUAUGGAAUCAGCUGUUGAUCCAUGUUUCGAAAUCAAGUUUAUUGAGGAGAAAGCAGAUACUGCUCUGGAUCUAAUUUACAAAAAAAUUUCAAUCUGGGAUGAGCCGAUGAGGAGCGACUAUAAUAGUUCUGGUGAUAGUUUAUUAAUUCUAUUGACUAUGAGGAACAUUGAAAAGAAUUCUACAUUGAAUACAUACAUACAGGAGUUAUUCCCCUUUACUAUAUCCUCUCUAUCCAAUACAGAGAAUGUCACAGGAUUUCCUUCUGAGAAUAUUCUGAUUGCAAACCAAUCGUCCGUAGGAUUUAUUGAGUCACCGAGAUAUCCGGCUGCAUAUCCAAGAAGUGUAGUAAAGAAAUAUUAUUUGACAAAUAUGAAUACUGACGGCUAUGUCAGACUAAUCUUUGAUGAUUUUCAUGUGCAUUUCCAAAGUGAACUGGAGGUGUUUGAUAGUGAUGGUUCCUUGCUGAUUAACACAAAGAAUGAUCAUCGUCGCCCCCCUGCAUUCAUUUCUCGCGGCAACAACAUGACUGUACGAUUCCGAGGAAAUGAUUUUACGCAGAUGGUUGGAUUCCGAGCUCGUUAUGAGUUUGUUGAAGACCAUGAUUGGCCUGAGAAGCCUAAUAUGCGAAAUUGUGAUGAGCACUUAGAAGGCUACGGAGGAGAGAUCAAGUUAGAAGGAAAUGGAUAUUUAGUUAACAGUUAUGUCGAUUGCAUAUGGAUCAUUGGACGUCUUCCCCAUAUGAGUAGAACAUUCGACAGAAUUCACCUCAAGGUGGAAGAUUUUCAUGUUAAAGGAGUCGGUUUAAGAUUAGAGGUACGAGAAGGAGCUUCAUCAAUCUCCGACCGUUUACUUCUUCUCUUCGAUUCUCAAACUAGGGACCAGCUCGAGCACAAACAACCUAGACACGGGUUCACAACCAGCCUCACACAUCCAGCUUACUACGUUCGACUUCGUGGUUUCUUGAUGAGCACCAGUGGGCUCGAGAUAGUGUAUUCCCAGUUUUACCGAUGGGCUACUGCAUUAUGCCCCGGAAUCGGAGAAUACCACUGUGAUAACGCCCGUUGCAUUAAGGCUACGCUACGAUGCGAUGGAAUUAAUCACUGUGGUGAUGGAAGUGAUGAAGAAUGUCACAGGCCUUUGACUGAUCACACUAGUUCUAUGAAUCGACUAAACGAAUUCAAACAUCCAGAAGCUGACAUCUCAGGCCUUAUCGCUUUAGUUGUGGGAGUCUGUGGAUUGAUUCUUUUGCUCAUAUCAACCACUGCCGUAAUUACUCGAAUUCAUCGACGACGUCUUGCUCAAGCCUCGCGUGCUCUUAGUCCUAGAAAUGCUGCAGGCACAACAGCUUUCAAUUCUGACGUUACGGGUCCCUCCAUACAAACGGUUGGUGAACGACGUUUUUAUGUUGUUCCGGAGAACCAAAUAUCUGUCAUAGAAGCUCCUCCAUCUUAUGAUGAUGCAAUGAAACAUGCAGCUGUUACAACAACACCUACAUACACUAAUCAAGCUUAUAGACCCAGUACUUCUGAGAGUGAUUUGCAACAAAGUCGGCCAUUAUCACCACAAGAGCCGCCGCCUGUUUUAGAGGAAUUAGAUAUCGAAAAUCGAGAGCCAAGCUCUACUCAAAGAACAGAAAACGAUGAGAUCGAAGCUGAUCAGACAUCCAAUCAGCCAAGCACAUCACGAUCGUUCAGCAGUCGAGCGAACAGGGAUGAUGAAUCAUGGGUUUAA